GCAGAACUGGCAGUGACCCUGGUAUUUAACCACCACACCCAUUUCACUCCACGUCGCUGAGACUCUUCUAGGCAUCAUCGCGUUACUGCUCACUUAGGAGGUGCAAGAUGAUGGUCAGUGAGUUUCUGGGUCAACUCACACUUAAUUUCGGGUCCAGUGAGCCAACAUACCCCACUGUGGUCCCUGUACCUGACUUCGAUCCUGACAAAGAUGCUGCUAGAAUUGAGACUGCUAUCAAAACAAAAGGCGUGGACGAACAGACCAUUAUUCAGGUCCUUACCAAACGGACAUAUGGCCAAAGACGAGAAAUUGCGUUUGCAUAUGAGAAGAGAGCCAAGAAGGAUAUGAUUUCUGCUCUGAAGGGGGCGCUGUCUGGCUCACUGGAGACUGUAAUUUUGGGAUUAAUGAAGAGCACUGCUCAGUAUGAUGCUUCUGAGAUCAAGGCCUCUAUAAAGGGUCUGGGAACAGAUGAGGAGAGCCUGAUCGAGAUCCUGUGCUCUAGAAGCAAUGCAGAGCUGAUAGAGAUUAAGAAAGUGUAUAAAGAACUGUUCAAGAAGGACCUGGAGAAGGACGUGGCUGGAGACACCUCAGGAGAAUUCGCCAAGCUGCUGAUCGCUCUAGUCCAGGUCAAGCGGGCUGAGCCAAGCAGUGUUGUUGACUAUGAGAAAAUUGAUGAAGAUGCCCGGGCUCUGUAUGAAGCUGGUGUGAAGCGGAAAGGCACCGAUGUCAAAACGUGGAUCACCAUCUUCACAGAGAGAAGCAUCCCUCAUCUGCAGAAAGUGUUUGAGAGAUACAAGAGCUACAGUCCCUAUGAUAUGCAGGAGAGCAUCAGGAAGGAGGUGAAAGGAGACCUGGAGAAAUCCUUCCUCACCCUGGUUCAGUGCUUUGAAAACAAACAGCUUUAUUUUGCCAGCAAACUCAAUGACGCCAUGAAGAGCAAGGGAGCCAAGGAGAAAGUGGUAACCAGGAUCAUAGUGUCGCGCUGUGAGGUGGACCUGAAGAAGAUAAGGACUGAGUUUAAGGCCCAGUUUGGGAAGUCUCUCUACCAGACCAUCAUUGAGCACACUAAAGGAGACUAUCAGAAAGUCCUGCUGGGUCUGUGUGCGGGAGACGACUAGAAUGGACCAGGACACGCGUCCUCCAGCUGGCUCUGCUGUUGUGAAGCUCCAUGUCCCAGACUGCACUGUCUCUGGCCCUAUUGGACACCCAGACUCAUCUGUCAUUCUAGCUUCAUGGAUAUUCUCUUUAUAAUCUCUUAAACUGGACACACAGCAAUGCACUGUGUCUUGGAAACAUAUACUGUAGACAACCACAUGUGUAACACUUUUAAGUGAUUUUAUAUAUCACAUAAAUAAAGGGACGAUACUGUAUUAAUCUGU